CAAAGUAGGGAAACACGCGUCUGAUCAGCUGGGCUCUCUGUAAUUAAAACAGAGGGAGGCGUGGUCUGGAGAAACAGGGCGUUGUGAUUAGCUGGGACACCACGGUAGCCCUCCUUCAUGUGCGCUGUGUAAACAAACACACACUGGGCAUGCGUCACUGGAAUAAUGGAGGACUGUCUUUUCUAGCCGGACUGAUGUUGACCGUAUUUCAACUCUGUUGGAUGUAAUCGGAGAAAACAACUCCCCUACAUUUCAGCGUGUAGUUGAGGUCAGAUUAACACUCCCAAGAUGACCACAGACACACCAGCCCAAAGCGUGGGCUGCAGGGUAAUGACGUUCACCCCCUCCAAAGAGGAGUUCAAGGACUUUGGCCGUUACAUUGCAUAUAUGGAGUCACAAGGAGCACACAGAGCUGGGAUGGCAAAAGUUAUUCCUCCUAAAGGCUGGAAACCCAGAAGGACUUAUGAUGACAUCGAUGACCUGGUGAUCCCCGCUCCCAUCCAGCAGGUGGUUACUGGCCAGUCAGGAUUAUUCACACAGUACAACAUCCAAAAGAAGCCGAUGACUGUCCAUGAGUUCCGCAAGACCUCCAACAUGGACAAAUUCUGCAGCCCACGAUACGUGGAUUUUGACGAGCUGGAGAGGAAGUUUUGGAAGAAUCUGACCUUUAACCCUCCGCUUUAUGGUGCUGAUGUCAGUGGAACACUGUAUGAUCCAGAUGUGACCGAAUGGAACAUCGGUCAUCUCAACACGAUCCUGGACAUUGUGGAGAAUGAAAGUGGCAUCAAGAUCAAGGGUGUCAACACACCGUACCUGUACUUUGGGAUGUGGAAGAGUGCCUUUGCGUGGCACACAGAAGACAUGGAUCUAUACAGCAUCAACUACCUGCACUUUGGAGAGCCGAAGUCCUGGUAUGUUGUUCCACCAGAGCAUGGAAAACGACUGGAAAGGCUUGCUAAGGGUUUCUUUCCCGGUAACGUUCAGGGCUGUGAAGCCUUCCUGCGUCACAAGAUGACUUUAAUUUCACCCUUAAUCCUGAAAAAAUACGGCAUACCAUUUGAAAAGGUCACUCAGGAGGCCGGGCAGUUCAUUGUGACGUUCCCAUUUGGUUAUCAUGCUGGUUUCAACCACGGCUUCAACUGCGCUGAGUCAACUAACUUUGCCACUCAGCGAUGGAUCGAUUACGGCAAACAAGCAACACUGUGUUCGUGUCGCCAGGACAUGGUGAAGAUCUCCAUGGACGUGUUUGUGCGUAAGUUUCAGCCUGAACGUUACAAGCUGUGGAAGGCCGGGAAAGACAACGCUCCCAUCGAUCACUCCAAACCCACACCAGAGGCCGCAGAGUUUCUGAAAGAAGACAAAAAGACCAAAUCUUCAAAAGAGAGUCCAUGCGAGGUGUCAUCUGAGGAGCCCGAUACUCCUGUCCAGGAGGGCAAAAGUCCAGAGCCUCAAACUGGGACAAAACAUCAACUUGAAGCUGUCAGCUCCUCUGAAGACAUCAAACCUGAGCUGCCAGUGAAGGAGAUGGAGCCGAAGGAGGUGGAGCCAAAAAAGGCCAAGCUGGCACGCAAGGAGUCUCCGACUAAAGUGGCCAGCAAGUCAGAAAAAGACAUAGUGAGAGGCAAGCCGGAGCCUAAAAAAGAGAAGGGGACCAAACCCCAGUCUAAACCUCAGCCCAAAGCCAAUCCUAAGAAAACUUCAAACAGACGAAGCCCUUUGAAAAAAGAGAAGAACUGCGUAGUGGAUGUCUCUCCUCCCGAGCCUGCUGAAAACCAGGUGGUGGCUCCGAGCACUGAGGAGACCGGGGGAAUUGAGGAGCCUCCACUGGGCAGCAGCUGCAGCCCAGCACACAAAGUUUUUCAGAGGACGCUGAGCCCUGCGGACGUCCUGCACGUCCACAGUUAUGCCAAAGGAGACUACGGAGAGGGAGAGGUCCUGCCCAAAGAGGAGAAGAGGAGUGAGGAGAGUGACCAUGAACUGGAGAAGGACAACAGUUAUGUUGGCAAAGCAGUGAGUGGAUAUACACUUAACACCCAGGUGGCAGAAGUGAUGGCAGGAGAUGGAAAGCUAGGGACUGACCUCGGGCAGCUGCCAGGGCACCAUCCCCUCAUAAAAGAUGGCAUGAGUGAUGAAGAGACUCCAGAGGAGCCUCCCCCAGUGGAGGAAGGUGGUCUGGAGGGUGAGAACUGGGCCAAGCCUCUGGCUCACCUGUGGCAGAGCAGGCCACCCAACCUGAAGAAAGAGAGGGAGUACAACCAGCGCAUGGGCUCUAAACCUCCGUACUGCUCCAUCUGUUUGCUCUUCCACACAUACCAGCAGACGGAGUGUGCGAACAGCGUCGACAGUCAUGUCAUGGUGGUUGGUGGGCGGAUGCGGACCAAACCUCUGAUCCCUGAGAUGUGUUUCACCAACACCACAGAGGAAGACGCCGAGUGUGAAGAGCAACCGGAAACUCCUCAUCUGGAAGAAGAUGGAACCAGCCUCCUCAUCAGCUGCUCACAGUGCAGCGUUCGAGUUCAUGCAUCCUGUUACGGUGUGGAUCCAGCCAGAGUAAACAAGGAGUGGAAGUGUGCGCGCUGUAAGGCCAAUGCCAUGACCGAGAAUUGCUGCCUGUGUUCAUUGAGGGGUGGAGCCUUGCAGAAAGCCAACAACAACAAGUGGGUACAUGUGCUGUGUGCAGUUGCUGUGCUGGAGGCGCGCUUUGUCAACAUUACCGAAAGAAGUCCUGUGGACUUAAGUGGGAUCCCUCUGCAGAGAUUUAAACUGAAAUGUUACUACUGUAAAAAACGGAUGAAGAAGGCGUCCGGCUGCUGCGUGCAGUGCUCUCAUGGCCGCUGCCCCACCGCCUACCACCCCACCUGUGCCCAAGCUGCUGGGGUACUGAUGCAGCCAGAUGAAUGGCCCUUUGUUGUCCACGUUACCUGCUGUCGACACAAAGGUCCCACUCAGAUCGAGCGCAAUAAAGCAACCAUGCAUGAGCUGACUGUGGGACAGAAGGUCAUAUGCAAGCACAAGAAUGGCCGCUACUACCAGUGUGACGUGGUGCAGCUGUCUAAGGAGACGUUCUAUGAGGUCAACUUUGAUGAUGGUUCCUUUAGUGAUAAUCUUUUCCCCGAGGACAUUGUGAACCGAGACUGCGCUCAGCUUGGGCCACCACCGCAGGGUGAAGUGGUUCAGGUGAGAUGGACGGACGGCCUGGUGUACGGGGCUAAAUUUGUGGCAGCUCAUGUCAUUCAAAUGUACCUGGUGGAAUUUGAGGACGGAUCACAGCUAACAGCCAAGAGAGACGACGUCUACACUCUGGAUGAAGAGCUCCCCAAGAGAGUCAAAUCCAGACUGUCGAAAGCAUCAGACAUGAGGUUCGACGGGAUCUUCGAGGAGAAGGAAAUCAUUCAGGAGUCAAAGAGACAGAGAGUGAUCAACUCCCGUUACAGGGGGGACUACAUUGAGCCUGUGAUUUACAGAGCCAUCAUGGAGUAAUGGCCACUUCCUGUCUGCCCACCCACUCACCAGCAGCACUGAGACUGAACUGUGCUCACUGUACCUUAACUUAGCAGCUAGCCGCAGAGAGAGUGUAGCUCCAGACGACUUCCUUCAGGACCCGCUUCGGACUGUUCGGUUUUUUACUCAUCUGUCUGUAAGUCAAGUAAACAGCAGUAUUGUUCCAUUUAGUUUUUUCUGUACGACUCCACAGGUGGCUGAAUUAAAGCCCAGCAGCACGUAUCAGAAGGAAGCAAUACAAAAAAAAAAAAAAAAAAAAAAGGCAUUACAUCAAUAAAAGUAGCACUUUGACACAGAGCUGUCAAUUAAAAAGAUGUUUAAUCUGCAGUGAGAUUAUCGACUCUAUACUAAACAUUUCAGUCAACUCUGCCACCUUAGUGUUAAUCUGCAUUUAAAGGAAAUUACCAGCUUUAGUUCAUUUCUGUCCUUCUGCCAUUAGUGCCUGUGAUAUACUGAGCCCGGCAAGUAACAAGGUCAGCGUUUUCUAUUUUUUUUUUUUUUUUUUUUAAUACGCUUAUAUUUACAAGUCCUAAAUGUCUGAAUUCAUAAUUACCAGCCUUAUCCAAACCUUCACACUCACACAGUUAAAAUUUGAGGGUAUGAUUUAUUACCCUACACUCAGCUGCUUUCUACUGCAGAACCGCUCACAGGGUAAUGCUCAGCACUUGGUCAAACUCCAAACAAGCGUCUUUAUUAUUAUUAUAAAUUAUAAUAAGCAGACAGUAUCUUCUCCUCUUAAACAUCUUUGACACAGAUGUUUAGCAUCAAAAGCAUAAAAUAUGCCAUACAGGCCAACAGCAGCAGUACAGCAAUCAUCUCAGUUUUGGUGCUUAGUAUUGACGUUGCAGUUGAUUGUUUUCACUGUGGUGCAGAAUCAGCUGCACUCAAUAAUGCAAAGACUGAUUAGGUGGGCGCCUUACAUCUGCUGAGAGCUGCAGUGGAAACACCUCAGAUAUAAGCGCUCAACUCAAGUUUUUCUGACCAGCUGUUGGUUCAUCGUCUGAGCUCUUAAGAAUGUUACCCCUGAAACUUGCCGGGCUUCAAACUUUGGGGAGACUAGACUGAUUUCCUGCCACACUGAUCCCAUUUAACACAGCUUUGAUUACUUAUGCGCAGCAGGAGCCGGGGCCACAGUGUUACAGAAAACAGAAAAAAAAAAAAAAAAAACACACUUGUAAGUUAUUUAACCACAAACCAUCACACCUCCAGCUUGUGCGACUCAUGGAUUACCAUAGAUUCCAGUCACAGCGGAAACCAUUUGUUUCCCUAAAUAGCAUUUAAGGAAUCACAGCGGAUCCCUAAAGCAUGUAGUUCAGACAUUUUCUGAAACAAAACAACAAAAUGAUCUGUCUGCUAAAAAGAUUUUUAAAUUGACUCAGAAGGUUCUUCAAGCUGUUCUUGUAUUUUUAAAGGUUAAAGAACUUCAGAGGAUCUGUUGUUCACCUCUGUGACUUGAAUAUAUGCAGAUCCACAAGCUGCACUGACCUGAACUGGGGCUUCAGGGCAAAUGCUCACUUUAAUGAGCUGGUAAUCAGGCCUCACUGACUGCCAAAUUUUAGUACUCGGGGCUACAUUUUACAUCAUUUCAUUUAUCACUCAUUACCAAGCUAAACUAGCUACUCAUUUGCUCUUCUUCCAUUUGGCACACACGGACAUGGAAAUAGCCAAUAAACAACCAAUACAGUCCCCCCCCACUGUCACAAUUCCACUCAAAUACUACUACUGUACUGGUGUUUUAUAGGAAUUAAAAAAAAAAAAAAAAACUUCUCCCAUACAGCAAUCCUCUAAAUUAUACUCUGAUCACCUUUUUUCAAAUAGGAGAUUAUUUGUAAAACACAAAAACACCAGUUUUUUCUGUAAUGCAGCUUCAGCACACGAGUUUCUGUACUGAUACUUAAUCAGUACUUUAAUACCUGAGAAAAACUUAAUGCCUUAAUUCUAUAACCUGAUAUUAUUACUCUGAUCAGAGUAACUCAAUCUGAUUAGACAGGCUUUAGUUACUUAACACAAAGUAGUAUUUUUAUGGCAUUUUGAGGUUGCAUCAGUAGUGCACAGGGAAUGGGGAAUGCAUGUGCACACAAAUAAAUAAUACAGUUUAGAUGACAAAUAAUUUGGUGACAGAUGAAUAAGAUCAGGAAAAAAAAAAAAAUUUCACAGGGAUCAGUUAGUAACUUUCUCCGGAGUGUGAGGAAUGAUCAAAAAGGUCCACUUACUGACUUUUCUAUCAGCUUUCAGGUGAGAUUAUUCAGUUUCAGUAUCAAUGAAGAAUCUGAUAAUUUCACCUUAAAGGUUCUGAAGAUUAAACGGCACACUUUGAGUCUCCCUGCAACUAUUCCCAGCAUUCCCAGCUGCAUGGAUACAGAAGUUAAUGAAAUCUCUCUCUGUGGAAGCGGUGCCAUGUAAUCCACUGAAAAUGCCUCCUUUUUAUUAACUGCAUUCCUUCACAUUUAGCAGAACUGAAUUUCACGUCUUCGUUGUUUUUACCUGCCUAUUUAUUAAAAGGUGCUUUGAGAAAGUAGCCUCUGCAUUAAUAGAGCCUGCAGAGACCCUGCAGCGGUCGAGGUCGACGAUGUAUGUUCUAUUUUUUCUACACUAUAGAGAUGAAUUUUAAAGAGCCUGUUCAGAUUUUUAAUGCGCUUCGUUUCCUCUCUCUCCUACUGAAAACUGUGCUUUGCACUUUUAUUUAAAUUAGCGAGGACAUUUGAACCGUUGCGUGCUGCAUUGAUAAAUUUGUUAAAAAUGUUUUAGAAUGUUAAUUGUACAUUUAUAAAAAUGUCUUAUGGAUUGUGUGCCCCCCCCUUCCUCCUCCUGGCUGAGCUUCAGGUGUCAUAGAUGGAAGAAGGCCAGCUCAAAGAGUCUGUCUCCAUCAGUCCCCUGCAGAAUGACUUUAUUUUAUUCAGAAACUAUUAGAAGAGUUGUAUAUGAGUGAGAGUGGGGAGGGGGAUUUUUUUUUUAAAUCUAUUUUUGUUGUGUUUUGUAAAACCUGUCUGUGUAAAUGUAAUUUUAAGAUGUUACCUGUCGACACAGGAGAGACUGUCCACCCUCCUCGUCUCCUGAAGCAAAAUAUAAGAAAACUUCCAGAUUAUCAUUCAGACAUUUUGUAAAAAUUCAUGUUUUGGUUUCAGUAAAGAAAUUUGCUUAAGCACCA